AUGCACCACGAGCUGCUUCAGACGCCUGUGGCCGGGCCUCUCAAGCGGCGGUUCAAUACCACACAGAUCGAUCCAGAAGUCGCCUAUCUAUGUCUGACAUCGGUUCCUACCUAUACUGAGCCUGCCCUCGCCCUUAUUCGCAGUCUUUUGGGAUGGAUUGAGCUCCAGAGCCAUCUAGAUAUUCUUAGGAGUGUGCCACAAGGCUACCUUUACGAGACGGUAGAUCUUCGCAAGGAACUGAACAACAUAUAUAACCGAGUGAAGAAUGGGCAAUACUACAGUGAAUAUGAUCUCCAGAUUGACAUUGAAGCUCUAUUCCUACGGGCCAGAGAGGGCCAUUUUAAGUUCAAAGGGGAGCUACGAGGAAUUUUCACGUUCACAAGGCCAUUAGGGCUUGUGAGUGUCUCACAGGAUGGAAGGGCGAUUCCUGAGAUUUACGUGAGAGAGGAUAUCUAUGAGACUUCCAAGAGUGGUAUCCAGACACUCAAUAAUAGGAUAUCAGCAGUCAAAAAGAUCAACAACAUGGAGGUGAAUUUUUUCCUAAGCGCCGAGUCAUAUACAACCCCAGCUCAAGAUCCUGAUGAGUGCUGGAAUAGCCUUUUCGACAACUUAUUCCUUAUGUCACUGGGAGGCGGUGGUAGGUUCCGUCAGCCUGUUUUCUACCCUGGACGUCAGACAACAAUAGAAUUCGUCAACGGGUCGAUUUUUUCCUAUCCGAACAAAGCAGAUGUCAAUGUUGAUCUCACAGACAUCGCUACUGGAGAUGAUAUGUAUCAGAAAUUCUGCUUGCAUCCUGAAGAACCUCCUGAAGAAUCUGAUGAAUCCGACGAGCCAGACAAUUCAGAAGAACCCACAUCAACGAUUGCCACAGUCAUCGAACCGACAGAGACAGGAACAUCGACUGAGCAAUCUGAAACAACAGUACCAAAUCCUAUACUGAAUCUAAGAUACUAUCCCUCCCCAAUGGUUGCCGACUCGUUUGGAGUUGUUUUGGGAUACUUCUUAGAUAGUCCCUACGAAGACACGGCUGUUCUGUCCAUCCUUGGCUUUCUCCCAACAUUCCCGGAACUUGAGCCUGACGAUUUCUUCCCUUCAUUCCAAUCAGCAAUUGAAAGGUUCUUAGCACUAGCUGACCAAGAAUCGAGGACAAACCUGAUUAUAGACCUCCAGCAUAACGGUGGAGGUUCUGUCGACCUUUGCAUCGAUGCCUACGCACAGCUCUUUCCCGACGACCCACCUAAUGCAAAACACAACAUGCGUGCCAGUGCGGGAAUGGAAAUCAUUAUGCAAGUUGCCGCCGCCUGGGUCAUCGGGGCGUCUGCUCUGGACAAUUCCUCGUUAGAUGAUGUAGAAAUCUCUUUCGAUGCUCGCACCAAACCGUUGGCUUGGCAGAAUGUGAUUACCCCUAACGUCGACAAAUUCAAGAACUUCGAAGAUUAUUAUGGCCCAAACAAGAUCUCCGGUGCCGAAUACACUGGCUUUUUCCAAGACGACUAUACCAACGCAGAAGCGUCCGAAGCGGGCAUGGGAACCGUUGUCAUCACUGGGACAAACGACAGACUUGGGUUCCAGCAGUACUUCCAAUCAAAAAGCCUAGUCAUGCUCCAUGACGGUUCUUGUGGAAGUUCAUGUACCAUCUUCAGUGAGUAUAUGAAAAAUCAAGGACGGGUGAAAUCCAUUGCGCUCGGAGGAAGGCCUCAGACAGGACCCAUGCAGGGCAUUGGAGCGACAAAAGGAAGCCAGGUGUUCGGGGGCAACUACCUCAAUAUCAUCACGGAGUUAUUCAACGAUGCUGGAAAUAUGAAUAUUACCAAUCACGCACAGAUCGCCAAGGGUACUGCUUUUGAGUCUUGGGAUCCCGCCGUUGCCGUCACUCGCAGUAACAAAGGGCUCAGCAUCAAUGGCAGGAACCACUAUCGCAUCGACGACACGACGCAAACGCCAUUACAGUUUGUCUACGAAGCCAGUGACUGUCGCAUAUGGUAUACUGCCGAGAUGAUUGCCGAUAUUACGCUCCUGUGGGAGCGAAUUGCCGAUAUCGCCUUCCGCAGCGGCACAGACGGCGUCUUUGACUCCGAGUAUUGCAUCGCGGGCAGCACCGGGCACCCUACAAGUCUGAGCGGUGGUUUGAAGAAAGGCGAGAUCGGUGACCAGAAACCACCCGCGAAUGCCAAACCGUCCGUGAAGGGUUGGCUGAUCAAUGGUACCACGAUCUCCGAGCAAGGCCCUGCACGGUAUGCGAAUCCGGGAAAUGGACAGAAUGUCAUUGCUGGCGCGCCGCUUGACAAGGCUGCGCUGAGUAGUUUUGUAGAUGAGUGUGAUGCCGACGAAGGCGAUGCUUGGUUCUUCAAGUUGAUGUGCGAAGCUGUCAAAAACGGGGAGAAAUGGCUUCGAUGA